AUGGUAUGGUUAUUGUUUGAUGUGAGGUAUGAGCAGCAAGUGCCAGCAGAUCGGCGAGGGCAGGUGGCGGAUACGCUGUAUUUUGAGGCGCAAUGCAGAAUACAAGAUCCAGUGUACGGGUGCGUAAGAACCGUAUGUCAACUGUACCAGCAGAUACAAUGUACAGAGAGUGAGGUAGCCAAGACACGAGCGAAGAUUGCCUUCUUCCAAAAUGCGCAAGCCCAGUCUUGCGUUUCCUAUGCAGAUCCCACGCCUACCUUCUCUCCUUUCAUGUUGGACCAAGCAGGCACCACUACCCGCUACCCACACUUCGCUACUUAA